AUGAAGAACCAGACGAUGGUGGUGGAAUUCAUCAUUGUGGGACUGUCCAACAAUCACCAUGUCAACAUCAUCCUGUUCGUGGUUCUAUCUGUUGUCUUCUUCUUGACUGUGACGGGGAACAUUGCUGUUGUCACCCUCUCCUUGGUGGACCAUCGCCUCCAAUCGCCCAUGUAUUUCUUCCUCAGGAACUUCUCCCUCUUGGAAAUCUGUUUCACCUCUGUCAUCAUGCCCAGGUUCCUUUACAGCCUCCUGACAGAGAGAAAAUCUAUUCCCCUCCCUGGUUGUUUUCUUCAGUUGUUGUUGUUCUUCCUCCUGGGCACCUGUGUAUUUUUCCAUGUGGCUAUGAUGUCCUUUGACCGCUACAUGGCUAUCUGCCAUCCCUUGCAUUACGGCACCAUCAUGAAUGGCAGGGUCUGCUUCCAGUUAGUGCUGGGCUGCUGGGUGAUGAGUUUUCUCUUAAUCUUUCCCCCGACAUUUAUGGUUGUGCUGUUACCGUUCUGUGGCCCCAAUGUCAUAAACCACUUCUACUGUGACACAGCCGCAUUGCUCCAACUCUCCUGCAUAGACACAGGACACAUUGAGGUAAUGCUCUUGGUUGCAGCUGUAGUGGUCUUACCUGGCACUUUAACAGUCACCAUAAUUUCCUAUGGCUGUAUCAUCUGUACUAUCAUGCGCAUCCCGUCCACCACAGGAAGGAAAAAGGCCUUUUCCACCUGCUCUGCUCACCUCACGGUUGUUGUGAUAUUGUACAGUAGUGCCAUCUUCAGGUACAUCCGUCCAGGUCAGCGGGGCACUCACGACUUUGACAAAGUUGUGUCCUUUGUGCACUGUGUGAUGACUCAACUCUUUAACCCCUACAUCUAUGCUCUCCGCAAUGAACAAGUCAAACAGGCUCUGAAGGACAUAUUUGGCCGAACAAUUUCUAAGUGCCGGAGGAUAUCAGGAAACUCUGGAACACCAAAGAUACAGGAGUGA